CCUAACUUCUCUCCUCACUCUGAACUUGAGCGCAGAUAAACUUGUUCUUAGGCAAGAUUUGUUAAGAUUUGUUUUGCGGUUUUGGGACCUGUUCAGUUGCGGGUUUUAGUUUGAUCGAGGAUGUCAAUGAGUUAGGAGUGAGUCAGGAAGAUGUAGAAACUACAGGCGCUGACGUCGCCGCGGUAGUUUCCUUUAUUUUGCAGCUCAAUCGCUGAACUUUAUUGUUGGGGGGGGAGUCUCAAGAAGUAACAGCUGCUCUUUGUUUAACCCUGCGCUGGAUGCGACCGACUAUUCCGGUUUUCUGUGAAGGAGAACUGUGGAAAAAUGUUGAGAAAGUUUUCUGCGUGUCCCACUGUGGAGGAGAAGGUUGUUCAAGAAAGGAGGCUGUGGGCUGCAGCUCUGGCUCUGGCCCUUCUGGGCUUGUUUGCAGCGCCUGGCUGGGCAGAGGAAGCCUCCUGUCACGGAGCUUAUGACCUCUACUUUGUUUUGGACAGGUCUGGAAGCUUAUCUGAUAACUUUAAAGAGAUCUACUACUUUGUGAAGAACCUUACGGACCGAUUCGUGAGUGAUCGAAUGAGGGUCUCAUUCAUAGUUUUUUCAUCCCAAGCUGAAGUUCUGCUGCCUCUGACUGGAGAUGGGUCUAAAAUUAAAGAGGGAUUGGAACGCUUGUACAAUAUCCAACCAGCAGGUGAAACCUACAUGCAUGAAGGAAUGAAAAAGGCUUCGGAACAGAUCAAGGCGCAGACCACGAAGUCUUCCAGCAUCAUCCUGGCUCUUACAGACGGGAAACUGCCAGUUUAUGUCCAUGAACUCACCGUGAAUGAGGCUGAUGAAGCCAGGAAAUAUGGAGCUCGUGUUUACUGCGUUGGUGUUGACGCCUCUGAUGAGAAGCAGCUUUCUGACAUCGCCGACUCCAUAGACAACGUGUUUCCUGUCAAAGAUGGCUUCCACGCUCUCAAAGGCAUUGUCAACUCUAUAUUAAAGCGAUCAUGUACAGAGAUUCUGACUGUUGAACCCUCCACCGUGUGCGUGAAUCAGUCCUUUGACAUCGUUCUCAGAGGGAACGGCUUCUCCAGCGGACGCAGCAACGAAGGUGUCUUAUGCAGCUUCAUAGUGAAUCAGCAAACCAUCAACAAAAAGCCAACAACUGUGCGCAAUGACUAUCUACUGUGUCCUGCUCCCGUUCUGUAUGAUGUCGGAGAGACUAUGGACGUUCUUAUCAGCCUCAACAGUGGAAAAACUUUCAUCUCUAAUGCCUUCACCAUCACUGCAUCUUCAUGUUCAGAUGGUUCAAUUGUUAUUAUAGUCAUCCUGGUGUUGCUGGCGCUUGUGGCUCUAGCCCUGAUGUGGUGGUUCUGGCCUCUCUGCUGCACAGUGGUCAUCAAAGACCCACCGCCGCCUCCUCCACCUUCUCGCCCCCCUCCACCUGAACCUGAGCCCCUGCCAAAGAAGAAGUGGCCGACGGUGGACGCCUCGUACUAUGGAGGAAGAGGAGCUGGAGGAAUCAAACGCAUGGAGGUACGGUGGGGAGAAAAGGGCUCGACUGAAGAGGGGGCCAGACUGGAGAAGGCGAAAAAUGCAAAAGUGUCCAUACCAGAAAAUGUGGAUGAGCCGAUGAUUAAACGGCCAACUCCUAAACCAACUUCCAGCAACCGACAGUCUGAGAACAAAUGGUACACUCCUAUCAAGGGUCGCCUCGAUGCUUUGUGGGCUUUGUUGCGUCGGCAGUAUGACCGAGUCUCCCUAAUGCGCCCAACAUCUUCAGACCAGGGUCGUUGUAUGAAUUUCAGCCGUGUGCCUCAUCAGGGGAGCAGAACUACGGUCUGAGAACCAGCUUGUGCUCAUCACUGUGGAUGAGAUGAGAAAAUCAGGGUUAUAAUGGAUUUUAAAAUGUUUCUUGCUGCUGGAACCACUACACGUCUACCGGGCCUCACUCUGUACUCAAACUUUCCUCUUCUUUUUUUUUUUUACCCCUGAAUCUUUGCAGCAUAAAGAGUGACACAUUUAACAUUUUUAAUUUUCUACCGUUAAUCCCUUAACUUAUUUCCUACCUUUUUCUUAUUCAGAUUUGUUUUUGUUUUGAUAUAAAAAAGGGGGGGCAUAAGCACACGGCGCCUCAGAGCUCGGCACUCAGACUUUGUUAGCUUUUCAUGUGCACCAAAGGCUUAACAUAUUCUGACCAUAUUGUGCCUUCUGAAAAAAGAAAAAAAAACUCUUUUCAUGGACACAGACGGAAACUAUCUUUAAAAAAAGAAAGGAAGGGGCCUGUUGCCUUUGGCGUGGAAGUCGGAAUAAUCCCAGUGGGCCUCACAAGUGCAGAAGUCCGUUUUCCUUUUGGCAAUGUCUCAUCUCGACUCUUCUCCAACUUCAGCAGUGCUGGAUGCCCGGCGGCUGCCCUUUGACUGGCUCAUCCUGUCAUUUUAUCACUGAGAAGUGCACACACAUGACAAAUUGUAGACAGGACGCCCCAAGGUAUUGAAAGGCACCAAGACUUUGCCCUUUAGUUUUUUUUUUUUAUUUAGUUUUUUUUUUUUUUUUUUUUUUUUUUACACAUACCAUCCCUUUAUUAUGCGCUCGGGACAAGAAAAUUAAUAGAGCGUUAUCCGACCGCAGGACACUCUUCUGACCGGGACCAUCUCCAGCUACGUUUGAGGGAUUGAUGCCUUCAAGACCUUGACAUGGCGCUUGGUGUUUUUUGCCCCUGUUUUGGGUGCAGUCUGCUCUCUGCUCAGUAAGGCGUAGCACAUCACUGCCGAUAAACAGGCCCAUCAGUUAGGACUUAAGCUACAGAUACAGCUGUACUCCCUGCCGCUCAGUCUCAAUCCUCCGAAGGGCUCCCGGGCCUGCGUCACAACUCGCCUGUUCCCCCAGCACCGGAAUAUCAAAGUUUAAUUAAAAUAAUUAAAGGCAACAGCAAGCAGCAGCCUGUGAAGACUUGGCUGUCUCCUUUUUAUGCCUUUUUGACUUUGAAUGACCCAUAACUGUGUUAUCCACAGCAAAAAAAAGAGGACACAGCGGCGUGGUGACGGUCCACCACGUCCAAAACGCAAACCCAAAGCAACGGAUGCGACGGACGGAUAAGUAUUGUUCAUUUCUAGUAAUGAUGCCCAUCGCCCCCCCAUCCCUCUUCCCCUCCACCCGGACAUCCCCAAAAUCUGGGGUUAUAUAUUUAUAUUUAUUGAGGACUUCUCAAUCGCGCUGUCAUGACGCCAAUCUUAAAUGAUGUUAGUGUGAGCGGAAACACUGUGGGGGAGGAAAGGGGGCAGCAGCUGAAGAAAAAGGCUCGAAUGAUCUAGUCACUUCGGAUACCGUACUUCAGAUGCAGAAUGGAUAUUCGAGUCGAAACCUGACAAAGCGUGCCGGCUUUGACGGGAAGCGGUAUAGACAAUGACCAGUGGCUGGGUCAGUGGGAUGUCUCCAUGCAAGCAGGGAAGCUUAUCAAAUGACACUAAAAAUAAGUUCAACAACCAUCAAGUUUGAGGGGGAAUGGGUGCGCAUCUCACAUUUGGGAGGCAAGAGAGUGUGGACGACUAACCGCGGUCUAAUUAUUACUUUGUUUCCGCUCCUUACUGAUUGGAAGGACAUAAAUAAUUCCAGAUCGAAUCCUCGGGGUGUGCUGGUAUUUCUGUCUGAGUUAAACGCUUUUAGCUCCUUGCAUAAUUUUACAGGUUGACAUUUAGUUCGUCAGACUCUUUCUGAAAUUUUAACACGUAGGCGGUGUCUGCUUUAUGUUGCCACCAAGUGCUGGAAUGCUAUUAACCUGGGCUAAUGAGGUAUUUACAUGGCAGUCACAACACAACCAGCCCUUCUAGUAACAUGUCACCCACUGAGUCUUCCAUACACAUUAUUGCACACUGUGGUAACACCUAUUGCUAUUGCUGAAG